CGGCCAUACUGAAUCGUAAAAAAGUAAAAAGAGAAGCAACAGCGUGAGGUGUAAAUAAUUCAAUAUUCGCCAUACUUUUGCAGAUAAAAGACAUUUUCGAGGGCCAAGCAGGAAUAUGACUUGGAAAGCUUGAGCCUGGAACCCGAAUCCAAACACCAGAACCAGAUCCAAUGACAAAUGUAACAACCGAAACCCAUCAGCCGCCCUGAGGAAGAAGAAGAGAGCCUGAGCCCGAGGUCAACCCACCACCACCCCCCCGAUUUAUUAUUAUUUAGUUUUCGUUUAAUUUUCCACACCCUCCGCUCGAGAACGUGGUUUCUUUUGCGACGCGUGCAAUACUUUGUGGCAAAAGUCUUGCAUCGUUCCAAAAGAGAACAGCACGUGGAGCGACGAGCACGGCCGUAAAAUACCCAAAUCCGUGGCCACCAAGCUGCAGCGUCUCAAGGCCAAGGCGUCUGCGAGCCAGCACUACGGCGGCAGUUAUCGCAAGUCAUCGUCAUCGGUAUCGGCAUCGGCAUCGGGUAUCGAGGGUGGCGACAGGAGUUCUCAACAAUCCUCCACAUCCUCUGCAAUCCACGGCGGGCACAACCAUCAACGCGGUGGCGCUGCCGAGGAGUCCCACUUUGCUCUGGCGGACGUGGCCGAGAAGUCAUAUCAAAGCACCAACAACAACUACAGCAACAACAACAAUUAUCAAAAGUCAAACCACACCAGUGCCAAUUACAACCACUCCAACUAUAGUAGUAACCACCCACAAAGCGCCGCCACCAACCUGCCUUAUCAGCCCAAUAGCAAUAGCGGCACGAUGAUGAUGACCAAACAGAAGAAUUCGCUGGCCGAUCGCCUCAAUAUCGGCGAGGAGGUGCGGGAACUGAAGCUGGGCGCCACCUUCAACCCGAAGUACACCUCCACCGGCUUCCACACCAUCAAAUAUGACUUCAAGCCAGCGAGCGUGGACACCAGCCGCAUGGCAUCUGUGGACGUGGGCUCCAACAAUCAAGUUACUGUUAUCGUGCCAAAUUCAGAAAGUUCCGGUGUGCCUCAUACAGUUUAUAAGGGUAAUCAGAGGGAGUAUGCAAAGGAGUGUUUAAUGAUCAUCGACAAGGAGACGGGCGCUAUAACAAUAGAGAAGCUGAAUCACAACAUUCAAGUGAAGAAGACAAGGAGCGAGGUAACCAACAAGCCAGUCCUGCUGCCAGCUCAAAAUGUGCCCGUGAAUAUGGGCCAGAGUCAGGUGCACAAUCAGGGCACGAAUGGAGCUGGAGCGCCGCCAAUACCAGCUCCUGGCCAUGGAUCCGGGACGGCACCCAAAAUGGAGAACAGCACCAUGCGAAUCUCAUCGAAGACAAAGGUUUCUACGGGCAGCCGCCGAAACAAUAUAAUUGACUUCAAGCCGCGCAAUUCGCCCAUGCAGCAGAGCUCACCAUCGCGUCCAGUGCCAGUCCAUCGCAGUCCACAAUCUGCGCCAGCUUGGGAUGCAAAUAAUGGACAGCAGACGUUGCCCAGCAUUCCCAUGAUCACGGACGACGAUGACUUUGGGUUGAGGGCGGCCUUGCACAACAGCGGCCAGGCGAAUACCUCAGGCUCCUCGACUGGUUCCGCCGCUGGCCUGCCAGACUUCGGAUCCACGUCCUCGUCCUCGCACAUGGGUAAACAGCGGCAGGCUCCCCAGCACGGACAUGGCAAGCGCCAGCAAAUGCAGCAGCGAGGAAGUCCACCCAUGGCCCAGCAGCAACAGCAGCAGCACCACCAGCAGCCAACGAACUACGGACGUGGUUACAACGGCGGCCAUAACCACGCACAACAGCAGCAGCAGCAGCAACGGCACUCGCCUCAGCAGCACCACCAGCAGCAGCGUCCUUCGCCUUAUGGCCAUGGCAACAGCAUGCCCUUGGAUUUGGACUCAACCAGGGAACAUGAACUGACCUCGCAGUACGUGGCGCAAGCGGCUGCCGCUUUGGAACAGCAAAUUGGCGGCGCUUUAAGUGCUUCGAGCUCCAGUUCCGAGUCGGAUUCCAGCGACAGUGACAACGGCAGUAACUCGGAUGACAGCACUGAGGAUGAUCGCCCCAUGGAAAGGCAGCAGCAGCAGCAGGAACAGGAACAGCAGCAGCAAAUGUAUCAGAAUCAUCACCACCAACAACAGCAACAGCAUGUGCAUCAGCUGCCCAAUCUGGGCCUGGGCUCAAUAUCACCAGCCUAUGGCAACAAUCAUCACCAGCAGCAGCAGCAGUUGCAGCACCAUCAGCAACAGCAGCAACCGCAGCAGAAGCAACAGUCCGGCAUUUAUGCGUCCAAUGGUGGCUUUCCAAACGAUUUGCUACAAAACGAUCUACAAUUGUCGUCAAAUUCGUCCGACGAUGACGAUUAGAUGUUUUAGGUUUGAUCUUAUUUGCCUUCUUUUGACAAAACCAACGACAACAAUUAUUGAUAUUCUGUCUAUAUGCGUGUAAUUAUUUUGUAAUUAUUGAGGGGUGAUUUUACUUGCUAGUGAAAUUUUUAUAAAUAAAUUCUUAGUUCUACACCACGAUAUACACAAACAUAUACUAAUUAAUUUUAAUCAUUAAUUUUAGACCUUCCAAAUGUGCUGGUAAACAUUUAAUUGAAAUGAGAAAGGAUAAAUUAAAUCAAAAACACAAAUCACAACAUAUGUAAAACUAUCUUUGUCAAUGCAUAUUAGUUUUAAAUACAAAUUUAAAGAUUAUGUAAAACUUGUUGGAAGUCCUAAAGCAGAUCGCACGCAAAUACAUACACAUAAACCAACAAUAACCAAGAAACGAACGAUGUAGACGAUGCAACUACGGAAAUUAUUUAGUUUUUAAUAAGAAUGCUGCAAAUCUUGAAAAAUUAUUUUUAAGUUUCCACGCGGAUUUUUGCCAUUAAUUACGCAUUUUAAUCAUUUUUUAAUAUUCAGAUACCAAAAGCGAAUAAGAAACAUUUUUCAAUUAUAUUUUAAAAUUUCAUUUUGUUUCCCUAUACUUCGCUCAUCUUUUUUAGUCUAGCUUAAUUUUUUUGUUGGCGACUUUUUUGAUAUAUUCAAAAAUAAAAAAACCUGAAUGUUCGUUUUUGAUUAAUUUGUUAGCUAUAUUUAUCACGAAUGUAUUUUAGCCUCUUAUCUUUAUUAGUUACAUAUUUGUGCGGUAUGAAGACAUUUAUGUUUUUAGCUCAUGUUUUAUUUGAAUUUAUUUGUAGUUCUUUAAUUAAUUUUUAAUAUAUAUUAUUACGAUUUUGUUAUGAGCUUGCAAUAGUUAAAAGCAACGAAAGAAAAUAAAUGUGAAUCGAAAGAACCGGCCUGGUGAAAACCAUUUUUAAUUUAUGCUUCCUCCCAGAAUACCCAAAGAAUUUGUUACAAUGAUGAGCAGUAAAAGAUUACUCCAUUUAAAAAACACAACUCCUUCCAAAUGUGAGCGUGCACGAAGGUCCAGACACACACUUACUAAUAUUAACACUAUUUGAUUUGCCAAGCCAACAAUGAAUUAUUGUAUUUAUGAAGUACCAUCCACGAGAAAAACGACCAAUAUCUUAGGAACAGUCAGAGCGAAAUGGAGAUAAUACCAAUUAUUUUUUGUACAUUCUACAUGAGAAUAUGCCUAGGAUAAAGUUGUUUUUCGAGCUAGAGGGAGUUUUUGAGGACUUCGCUCUUGGGGGCGCACUAGAAUCGAGCAUCAAUACCAACACCAAAAAGAAUUAUAAACAAAUCAACAGUAACUAAACGAAAACAACAAAUGAUUCAGAUAAUCAUAAGCACAAUAUACAUAUGCAAAGUAUCUAGAACUAAUUAUAUAACAAAUUCUGUAUAGAUUCCGAAAAUGCCUAAGAUCACAAUGAAAUCAAGCAAGUAACUUAGUCUAAUUGGUAAGCAAAUCAUAUAUAUUAUAUACAAACAUGCAUGUACACGACUUUAUAUACAAAAAAAUAUAAGAAUAUUACUUUCAGUUAAAUUAGUUCUAAUACCGACCAUUAAACAGUCAACAAAUCAAAUAAAACAA